AUGCUGUCAGACUCAACCAAUGAAUCAAAAUAUGAUAGAGAUCAAAUCGAUCUCGAAGUUCUUGUUUUCUACUCAGUUCCUAAAUCACUCAAAAUCUUGUUCAAUAUUUUUCAAACUUCAUGCACAUUUAGAUCGUUCUAUCCCAUCGAAACACUAUUGUUCGUGGGUGUGCACGAAGAACAUGUACCACUGAUUGACAUGUGUCUCGCACAGCCUGGCAGCUUUGAUGUAGAUACACAAUUAAAUGACGGUAUUAUCAAUCAAAUGAAGGAUGAUCUGGUGCAAAAUUAUCGAUUUGAUCAGAAUACCGGAACAGCGCUAUGGUUUGCGUGUUACUACGGUCAUUUAAAUAUUGUUCGUGCAUUGAUUGAACAUGGGCAUGCAGAUGUUGAUCUUCCAAAUUGUAAAUAUCAAUCACCUCUUCAUGCAGCUAUAGCUCGACAACACAUGGAUAUAGUCAGAUACUUAGUCGAACAAGCACAUGCAAGUAUUGACGAUACUCGACAUUUAAUGAUUGCGCUCAAAACGGAAAAUCGCGAUAUGAUUGAUUAUUUGUUAGAUCAAGGAUGUGAUCCAAAUACGCAUUUGCUCGAUGAACCAGUCGAUCGAACCUAUUUUGCACUGCAUUAUGCUAUUAGUCAGAUCCCUUCAAAUAUAUCAAUUGUUCAAACUCUCUUAGACAAAGGUGCUAAUCCAACGAUCCAAGAUGAAAACAAUCGAACCGCUUUACACGUGGCUGUUCAAUGUAGAGAUGAACAAAAAGUUAAAGAGAUCUUACGUUGUGAUUUUCACCAUAGACAAAGAGAUAACAAUGGCGAUACGCCAUUAAUGUUAGCUAUGACACUGGAAUCUAGAAAUGUGAUUGACGUCUUUUACAAACUCUAUCCUCGACAAGACUAUAUUGAUGAAUUGAUGUUAACAGCUUGUAAAUUGGCAUUUCAUGAGCGAUUUGCCUUUUUUGAAGAUACGUCCAUUGCGUAUAUAUUCUUUGAGCAAGCGCUACGAUUACAAGAACCGAAUGUUAGUGCUAUACCAGCAUGUGAUAUUUAUCUUUUUCGAACAGAAUGUCAAACAAUCGAUGAAUUAAUGCUGAUUCGGGACGUUCCUGAGCUGAUGUACAUCCAAGCCUUUUUAGUUUGUGAACGGCUACUUCCACAACGCGACGAAAUUCAUCUUCUCAUUCCGGAAUUGUUCAGGCUCUAUGAUAUUUAUCAUCAAGCUACGGAAUAUGAUCGUUGCAUCUUAUUGUUAAUGCACAUGUUUCCAUUGAUUUUAUCAUCGAGAGAAAACUCAUUCCGUUUUUGGCGUACAGAUUGUUUAGCACUGUUCGUGGAAUUGUUGGGGACACUUAUUGUGGAGGAUAAUAUACGGCUCAUUGAUGAGAUUGUGAAAGCGUUCGGAUUCGUUUACCGUAUGACAGAUAAUCUUUCCGAGUUAGUUUACCCGUGUCUAUAUGUUGCUUAUGCGAUAGAAAACGAUCAAUUUAGUCUAAAGAACAGACAUCAAUUACUACAAUAUGUAAAGGAAGCUGUGCAUCGACAAUUGGAAAUUGGCUUUAGACAUCUCUUGGAAAGCGUUUCGCGACAAUGUGUUUUUGGGUCUGAUGAUCCAUUUUUCCGAAGGAUUACCCCUGUGAAUGUGAUUCGAAUGCUGAUUCAUUGUGGAGCAGAUGUUAAUAUACUAGUGUUUGGAGACGAUACGUACAAUCGAGGAAACAGCACCCUAUUACACCUCAUUGCACACAGUGAUGACAUUGCUCUUGUUCAGCCCAUUGUGGAAUUACUCGUGGCAGCUGGUAUUCAUACUGAUCGUCUCGAUACUCACGGACACUUACCAGAACAAUGUGCAACAAAUACUGAAAUAAGACAGUUAUUACAUUCAAAACGAUCGUUGUUACUCAAAUGUCAAUGUGCUCAUUUGAUUCUUGCUGAGCAGAUAUCAUAUGAGUCAUAUUUAUCGAACAGCUUGAAGAGCUUCGUCCGUAUGCAUCGAAUUCAGAACUAG